AUGCCAUUGGAUGUCUGCGUGUCCACGAGGUUCAAUAAAUCCGUACGCCGCUAUAUACCGCGAGCGAUACAGGCAUGGUUCAUGCAAAGGGCGAUCAACGCCCGUUUCGAUCAUGCUGCCUACGGUCUUCAGCCUAAACACGAUUUGUUCGGUGCACACCCAACCCAAAACGAUGAACUGCCGAUGCGCAUAGCCAGUGGAACAGUCGUCGUAAAACCAAAUAUCCAGCGGUUCACAGAGCACGACGUCCACUUUAUCGAUGGCAGCAAAGCCACGGAUAUUGACUAUGUCGUGCUUUCAACCGGUUAUGAUAUCACGUUUCCGAUUGUGGAGGACCAGAGCAUCAUAAAGGCCCGUCACAACUUGGUCGAUCUAUACAAGUAUAUGUACCCACUUGAUCAACCGCACAACACAUUUGCUGUAAUUGGAUUAAUUCAGGUAUGUUCUGAAAAAGCCAGUUAA